AUGGAGGGAGCCGCAGACGAGAUAUUUCCGCCACAGGAGCGGCCUCGGACUGGUGGGUUACGAGGGGACACGACACGCACUAGGCCCUUUCCCCAGAGCUCAUCCUACAACAGCUUCACCACCGGGGACCAAUUCAACGCUCCUGGUGGCACUCAGAAUAUCAGCAAUGGCAGUGGCAAUCAAUUCCCUGGGGCUACUUUCCAACAGCCUGUGUAUUUUAAAAUGGACAGUCGGUUCCACGAUAUCGAUACCGCCGCACGGGGAACAUGUGAGUGGCUAUUUCGACACGAAAUGUACACGAGCUGGGCCUUUUGUGAUCAAGCCCUGCUUUGGGUCAAAGGGAAGCCCGGUUCUGGGAAGUCCACAUUGCUGCAAUACGCUCUGAAAAAUAUCAUAAAAAAAACCAACACUGAAGAGAGAGCCUUGAUUCUCUCAUUCUUCUUCCACGGUCGUGGUACUGAACUCCAAAGGACGCCGUUGGGUCUCUUCCAGUCGCUCCUUCACCAGCUCCUCCGCCAGGUCCCUGAGGCACUGCCAGACGUCGUAGCCACUUUCCAAGAACGGUGCGAAACUGUUGGCAAGGCAGGUGAAAAGUGGCAGUGGCAUCCGCGUGAGCUGCCACGACUCUUCGAAUCAUCGCUUCCGAAAGUCUUGGAGACUCGUCCAGUCUGGUUAUUCCUCGACGCAUUAGACGAAUGUGGCCAAAAGAAUGCAGUCAAGCUAGUCCGGGAGUUUAAGUCCCUGCUCCGGGGGCUUCCGUCUACUGGUUUACAGUUUCACAUCUGCUUCACUUGCCGUCACUACCCGAUUCUGGACCAAUCUUGUCAGUUUGAAAUAUGCGUUGAGGAUGAGAACCGACAGGAUAUUUCGACCUACGUGCGAGCUCAGCUUUCUGUAUCCUAUGAGCUAACAGCAUCUACGAUUCCGGAUUUAAUCACAAAGCAUGCCCAGGGCGUUUUCAUAUGGGCGUAUCUCGUGGUAGAACAAAUCCUGGACCUUGACAAUAAAGGAGCAGGAUUGAAGAAGAUUGAAGACGAGAUCUAUUCUAUCCCUCCGGACCUAGAUGACCUCUACCAUAACCUCAUCCGAAAUGUGGACGAGAGACCAGCUUCUCUUAAACUUGUUCAAUGGAUCUGCUUUGCGGUGCGGCCUUUAUCACUCGAUGAAUUGCAAUGGGCUAUGAUUGUCGAUGCCGAUUGCCAACAUAAGUCAUUACUGGAAUGCAAGAGCAUGAAAGAUUAUAUAUCGGACAGUGACAGAAUGAAGAGGCGAGUUCAGACGCUCAGCCGCGGUCUUGCCGAGGUCACAUCGGAUACGAAGGUUGUACAGUUCAUCCACCAGUCUGUCAAGGACUUUUUCGUCGAGAAGGGCCUAUCGGCUCUGGGCGAGUCCGUCAAAACCGACUUUGUAGUCGGAAUCGCACAUCAUCGGCUUUCUAGGACCUGCAUACGCUACUUGGCGAUGGAGGAGAUCGGUCAGUUAGCAAGUCACGAGCCUUACCACUUGAAAUCCAAGUUUCCUUUCAUACAUUACGACCCUGACUUGAGAUCUAAAUUUCCUUUUCUGCAUUACGCCACAACCUCGUGGGUGGCUCACACGAAGCAAAGUGAUGCUAGAAAUGUCCCUCAAGAGGAUCUUAUGGAAUAUUUCGCAGGGCCAUCGAACACUCUUGUGGAACGAUGGGUGCGUGUUUACGGGAUAUUGCAGCAAAACUCUGGUGACUGUCCGCCAGAAGGGACCACUCUGGUACACAUUGUGUCGAGUUAUGGAGUGGCAGGAGCGUUGGGGGUCAUUUUGGAAAGGGUAGACCAAGUUGGGAUUAAUAUCGACGCCAAAGAUUCGCGUGGCCGGACGCCGCUAUGGUGGGCCGCCGAGAACGGGCACGAGGCGGUCGUGCGGCUGCUCCUCGACGGGGGCGCCCACACCGAGGCGGCGGACAAGGGGGGCCGGACGCCGCUAUCGUUGGCCGCCGCGAGAGGGCACGCGGCCGUCGUGCGGCUGCUCCUCGACGGGGGCGCCCACACCGAGGCGGCGGACCAGUGGGGCCAGACGCCGCUGUCAUAUGCCGCCGCGAGAGGGCACGAGGCCGUCGUGCGGCUGCUCCUCGACGGCGGCGCCUACACCGAGGCGGUGGACAAGAUAUGGGGCCAGACGCUGCUAUCGUGGGCGGCUGAAACGGGCACGAGGCCGCUGUGCGGCUGCUCCUCGACGGGGGCGCCCACACCGAGGCGGCGGACAGCUGGGGCUGGACGCCGCUAUCGCGGGCCGCCGGGAACGGGCACGAGGCCGUCGUGCGGCUGCUCCUCGAUGGGGGCGCCCACACCGAGGCGCCGGACAGGUGGGACCGCUGGACGCCGCUAUGGUGGGCCGCCGAGAAUGGGCACGAGGCGGUCGUGCGGCUGCUCCUCGACGGGGGCGCCCACACCGAGGCGCCGGACUGGGAGGGCCGGACGCCGCUAUCGCGGGCCGCCAGGAACGGGCACGAGGCCGUCGUCCGUCUGCUGCAAGACCAUAUUGCUCAAUCUUUGUCGACUACCUUGCUUUGAUCUCCACCCCACCCCGCCACCUGCUUCUGAGCCUCGUUUAUAUGCACCGUUAUCUCUAGCAUUGACAUUCAUCUUGAACUUCCUGGUUAUCAAGAAUGGCUGCGUCUUCUCAAAAUGGUUGUGUUGGGCGUCGCAAACACGGCCCCCCCUGCUCUUAUCGAAGAGCUAUAACCCCAGCUUCUUGAAAAGGCCGCUGGUGUUUUCCUAUGGGUUGCCCUAGUUAUCGAAAUUCUCAAUAAGGAACAUCGACGGGGUCGACUGGCUCUGCGGAAGAGACUGAGGGAACGCUUGCGAGGCUAGGGCCGGAUUCAAACGGAGGUAGCAGAGGAGAACAGGAUAUAGGAUCAGUACAGGGUGUAGUCCUAGCGUCGACAUGCCCAGAAAAAGUAGGAGUGACUUGAGCAAAACGCUUUGGAGGACGUGCCAGAGUAAGAGGCGAUGAGGCGACGUGCCCAGAGGGCAUCUGUUUGCGAUUCAUCGUCAAAUGACACUCCCUCCCCAGGAACAACAGCUUGACUCUCGACCUCUUGCCGCUAUGGAAGAAGGCGAAUACCCCCCACAGUCCCCGUCACCAUGGCCCUUUCACGACUUAGAGAACCUCUAAUUCAACCCGUUUACGAUGCGGAAACACUCGAGCAUCAGCGUCAUGUUAUGAUGGAACCUUGACCGACCGGAUGGUUCUGCU